GUUGGAGGCAAUUUGGAGGAAUGAUACCACAACAGUGAGACCGCUAUCUUUGACGGGACAGAUAUAACUAGCUGCAACACAAUCCCCCGGUCGAAUUUAAAGGGCCCCAUGCGGUACACCAGCUAGUAGUAAUUAGAUAGGAAAGGGAAAAAGCAACUGGAGACAAGAGGAAAGUCGUCGGUCUGGAGGAGAUGGAAGAGCGAGAGGAAGAUUGAGAUCAGGUAGUUCUACAAGGCAGAUCGAGGUUGAGUGCCGGAAUAAAGUGAGCGUGUAGUGAAGUAGACUCGACUAGACUGGACUGUAGCUUAGCUUCAGGGGAACGAACGAGAAAGAGCUGUCAAUCACAAUGCUUGAUGUAAGGUCUUCAGACGGUAGUGAGCAUGAGAUGGAAUGCCUACAAAUGGCAUGGGAUGGGAUGGGAGGGAUGGGAUGGGAUACAUUACACCGUAUCAGCCCUGUAAGAUUCCGGAUUCCCGAUGCGAUGAUACGAAGGACUGCGGCGCAGUCAUUGAUAGUUAUCGUCCCCAGAACUACGCAACAAAGUACAGGGCUCAAUUGGCCUGUUUUGGAUGCCAUUCGGAUCAUGCCAGAGGAUGAGCAUCUCGCGACUGGCCACCAGGCCCAAACCCCGCCGCAUUCUUCAACCCGAUUUCCCUCCAUCCCUGUCCCGAUAAAACAUAUCUUUGACAAAUUUCCUUGGAAAACCUACCCGGCGCAUGAGCUACCACGACGUAUCGCAAGCCACGCGGGCAAGCAUACUCUGUAUAUAUUUACUACAGCCAGAGGGGCGGAAAAGGGGACUCCAUCAUUUAACCCGCAGUGUCUGAAGUGGCAGGCAUAUCUCAAAUUUGUCAGGAUUCCUUUUGAGAUUGUUUCCUCCAAUAAUCAUGCCUCCCCAACCGGCGCGCUUCCCUUCCUUCUACCCGGGUCUGGUUCCGUCGCGGCUCCAGGGGAACCUAUGGCGCCAAUCCCUUCAAAUAAGCUCCAAAAGUGGGCUAUCGAGCAAUCCCAUGUUGAGGAGGAACAACAGUUAACCAUGCGAUUUGAUGUGUAUUCGUCUCUUCUAGAUCAUAGGAUACGAAAUGCGUGGUUGUAUACAUUCUACGUAGACAGCCAAAACUUUAACAACAUGGGACGAAAGCUGUAUGUAGAUCCAUCGACAUCAAAUCCUCUCGUUCGCGCUGUAUUAGCCCACCAGCUUCAGCAAGCUGCCCGAAACGAACUCCUCAAAUCAUCUUCCUUCAUAGACGUGGACGAUCUCGAGGCGGAAGCCAAAAGCGCAUUCCAAGCGCUGUCUUCUUUACUAGGAGAGGAUGCCUACUUUUUUGGAAGACAGGAUCCCGGUCUAUUCGAUGCCAGCGUAUUCGCCUAUACUCAUUUAUUACUGGACGAGCACCUGAAUUGGAAACAGAACCCGCUUGGACGAUACCUAAGAAGGCAUACCAAUCUUGUACAACAUCGACAACGGCUAUUGGAUGCAUAUUUUUAG